GGCCCAGCGGCAAGGAGAGUCACGUGAAGCUGGGCGUUGGACGCUUGUGUCGGCUGUUUCUUCGUCUCUAUGGUUUUCAGAGGUGGGCGGUUUUGACGCAGAAUCCCUGGAGCUCGUGCGUGGACGGGGGCUUGAGAGGAGUCGGUAGUCCUGCCUACUUCCUGUCCUCCGCUUUACUUCACUUCACUCGAUCCCUUCUCUCUGUCCCGGGAGAACUUCUAUCAGUGCCGAGUCGCUGGGUUCACUUGGGCGCCGACGUCCCUCUCCUCACGGGCGACCAGGAGACACAGGAACUCAGUAUAGUUUGGCUGUUAGUCCUUUGAUGGUUAUGAUGUUUCGUCUUAACUCAUUUUCUGCAUUGGCAGAACUGGCUCUGGGCUCUCGAUUGUACCAUGGAGGAUCACAGCCCACCCAGAUCAGGCGACGACAAAUGAUGGUGGCUUUCCUGGGAGCUUCUGCAGUAACUGCAAGUACUGGUCUUUUAUGGAAGAAAGCCCUUGCAGAAUCUCCACCAUCUGUAAACAACCUAAAGAGUGAACUUGAUGAUAAAGAGAAGAAUAAAGAUGAAGGGGAAGUUUGUAACCAUGAAAAAAAGGCUGCAGGUAUUUGUCUUGAGCCUUAUCCAGAAGAGAGAAAGAAGAAACGUUCUGGAUUCAGAGACAGAAAAGUAAUGGAAUAUGAGAAUAGAAUUCGAGCAUAUUCCACACCUGACAAAAUCUUCCGAUAUUUUGCCACCUUGAAAAUAAUCAAUGAGCCUGGUGAAUCUGAAGUGUUUAUGACUCCACAAGAUUUUGUGCGAUCCAUAACACCUAAUGAAAAACAACCAGAAAACUUGGGCCUGGAUCAGUAUAUAAUAAAACGAUUUGAUGGGAAGGCUGAAUUCUACAAAAAGAGAAAGAACACUUUACGCAGGGUCAGAAAGAAAAGUAAAUGGUCAAUUUUAAAGAGGAGGAAGAAAGAAGAAAGAGCCAGGAAUGGCUCUACAAAUCCUAAAAAGGAGGAAAACAGAAGGAAAAUCAUAAAGUGGCUGAAAAAGAAAUUUGCCCAGGAACGAGAAAAAUUUGCUGAUGAAGGCAGUAUAUUUUACACCCUUGGAGAAUGUGGACUCAUAUCCUUUUCAGACUACAUUUUCCUUACAACUGUUCUUUCUACUCCUCAAAGAAAUUUUGAAAUUGCCUUCAAGAUGUUUGACUUGAAUGGAGAUGGAGAGGUAGACAUGGAGGAGUUUGAACAGGUUCAGAGCAUCAUUCGCUCCCAAACCAGUAUGGGUAUGCGUCACAGAGAUCGUCCUACUACCGGUAACACUCUCAAGUCUGGCUUGUGUUCAGCCCUCACAACCUACUUUUUUGGAGCUGAUCUCAAGGGGAAGCUGACAAUCAAAAACUUCCUCGAAUUUCAGCGUAAACUUCAGCACGAUGUUCUGAAGCUAGAGUUUGAACGCCAUGACCCUGUGGAUGGGAGAAUUACUGAGAGGCAGUUUGGUGGCAUGCUGCUGGCCUACAGUGGGGUACAGUCCAAGAAGUUGACCGCCAUGCAGAAGCAGCUCAAGAAGCACUUCAAAGAAGGGAAGGGUCUGACAUUUCAGGAAGUGGAGAACUUCUUUACUUUCCUGAAGAAUAUUAAUGAUGUGGACACUGCAUUGAGCUUUUACCAUAUGGCUGGGGCAUCUCUUGAUAAAGUGACCAUGCAGCAAGUGGCCAGAACAGUGGCUAAAGUGGAACUCUCAGACCAUGUGUGUGAUGUGGUGUUUGCGCUCUUUGACUGCGAUGGCAAUGGGGAGCUGAGCAAUAAGGAAUUUGUUUCCAUCAUGAAGCAACGACUGAUGAGAGGCCUGGAGAAGCCCAAAGACAUGGGCUUCACCCGUCUCAUGCAGGCCAUGUGGAAAUGUGCACAAGAAACUGCCUGGGACUUCGCUUUGCCCAAACAGUAAUCCUGAACGGCAAGGGGAGCCACCUCCCCCACCCAAGCACCCUGGCCCCUUUAGCAGAGCCUUGGCACAGCCUUUCCUGCUGCUCCUUCUGGAAGGAGUGUUCCGUUCCUUUUGAGAAUGAUCUCAGGAUUCAACCAGUUUCCCCUCUCCAUCCUGCCCCCGUCCCAGUGUUCUGCUAGGCUCGGAUUUCUGCCCAAUGAUUAUCCCCGUAGGUUUUCAAAAACAUGAAUAAGUCCUAAAAAGUCAGACUUUUGGCACCUUCAACAGCACUACCCAGUCAAGCACCCUAUGGACAAAGAAUGCAAGGACAUUCACAGCUAUCUGCCAAUCCUGGGAAAUACCCAGUUCCCAAGUCAUUUUUGCUGUGGGUUUCUAUUAAUAAGAAUAUUCCUUGCUUUUUCUCCUGCUGGUGCUUUUAAGCUACAAGCUGGGAAAACCUCUGGCAGGCAAAAGGAUGUCUGUGAUGAAUGAUAAUAAGGAUGACUGGGCCACUGUGCACUGGCAGGAAGCCUGGGCCAGAGGAAGGAUCUGUGUCAGUCCCCAAGGAGGCUCAGAGGCCUGCUCCAGGAAGGCGAUGUGCACAGUGGGAAUGGAGCAAGAUUUGAAAAUUAAAGGAGCUGCUCACUGGCUCUGACCGCUCCCUAAGAAGACUCCAAUGCAACUCUGUGCUUAAUGAGCAGCAGUGAUUGAGUUCAUAUUCCCUGCAAGUGCAUUUUGCUCUGGGAGUGUGUCUCUGAAACUGAGCCUGGCUCGGGAGCCUGUCUGCCCUCUGUCUUAAACACUUGUAAAAUAUCACUUUAAUUAUAGCAGUUUGCAAUAAACCUAUACAAAGGC